AGGAGGAGGAGGCGCGUCUGCGAGGCUGAGCUGAACGCACUGAGACCAGAGAAACAUGAGGGCGUCAUUUAUGGGGAUCAAAUAAACAUUUUGUAUAUUUCAUUUUGUACUUUUAAUUUGGAUUUUUUUCAUUUAUUUAUUCUGCUCUUCUGAACGCAACCCGUUGACCGGACUCUCAACAUGGCUGAGAUGACCAGUCUGAGACCCAGCUACGAGGUGUCCCCAGUCUUGGCGGGAUUUCUUGGCGCGGGUGUCUUGGUCAUCACGGUGACAGUGGCCAUUUUCCUGUGGACGUGCUGCCAACGCCACUAUCGCCGAAUGUCCGGCUCGUUCAAGCUGACCAGCGGUCCUUACGACCCGCCCGUCGACCCACCCUACAAGUUCAUCCACAUGCUGAAGGGCAUCAGCAUCUACCCGGAGACGCUCAGCAACAGCAAGAAGAUCAUAAAGGCAGGCCGGUGGCGCUCAGGUCUGGGGCACCUGUCACGGCAACGGGAUCACGGUGGGACGCUGCUGGUGGACGCCGACCCGGAAUGCGCAGCGCAGCUGCAGAUGAACCACCUGGUGCCCCCCGCUGGUCCUCCGCGCCUGGAGAGGGCGCUGCCCAUCCGAGCUGACUACUGCUGUUUAGAGAGCAGCUCGGCCAGCAGCAGCAGCGACUCAGCCAGCAAAACCCCCACGCCGUUCAGCCUCAGCUCACCUUCUCUGGGCAACCUCAGCCUUGCCAUCGAUUAUAACUUCCCCAAGAAGGCCCUGGUGGUCACCAUCUUAGGCGCCCACGGUCUACCAGCCAUAGACGAGCAAACAGGAAGCUCCGACCCCUACGUGAAGAUGACCAUCCUGCCGGAGAAGAAACACAGAGUGAAGACCCGAGUGAUGAGGAAGACUCUGGAGCCGGCCUUCGACGAGACCUUCACCUUCUACGGCGUUUCCUACAGCUCUCUGGCCGAGCUGACGCUCCACUUCCUGGUGCUGAGCUUUGACCGGUUUGCGCGAGACGAUGUGAUCGGCGAGGCAGUCGUGCCGUUGGUGGGAGUGGACCCCAGCACAGGAAAAGUGCACAUCACUCAGAACAUCACCAAGAGGAACAUACAGUGUGGUAGUCGUGGGGAGUUGCUGGUGUCUCUGUCCUAUCAGCCUGCCACUCACAGACUGAACGUUGUGGUGCUGAAAGCCAAACACCUGCCCACUAUGGACAUCACCAGCCUGCCGGGCAACCCGUACGUGAAGGUGAACGUGUUUUACGGCCGAAGGCGCAUCGCUAAGAAGAAGACUCACGUGAAGAAGUGCACGCUGAACCCCGUCUUCAACGAGUCCUUCAUCUACGACGUCCCCGCAGAGCUCAUGCCUGACAUCUCCAUAGAGUUCCUGCUCAUCGACUUCGACCGCACCACCAAGAACGAGGUGGUGGGCCGGCUGGUCCUGGGCGGCCAGAGCCCCACCCCGUCAGGCGUCACGCACUGGAGGGAAGUGUGCGAUAACCCACGGCGGCAGAUCGCCAAGUGGCACAACCUGGCAGAGUACUAACAGAGAACACCAUCACUUUCCUCCUUCUUUUGAUCUGCUAGAGCAGAGGACCUCAACUCUGGUCCUGAGUAUCUGCACAUUUUAGUGUUUUUCCCGCUCUAACAGACCUGAUCUGACUCAUGAAAGGCCUGUUAAAGGGAUAGUUUGGCCAAAAGUCAAUGUAGUUGAUCAGCCAAGACAUUUUUCGUGUCUGAAGUUUGCUUCUUUAUUUUUGCCCUGGAGUUACAAGGCUAAUGUAGCCAAAAAGUCGUGGAAGCUCAUACCCCACCAAUUAGCAUCAAACUGCAGAGCUAAAUCAUCCCACACUCGUCCCAAACUGUGUUAAGUGUGUUAUGUGUUAAGUAAUCUAUAAUAGACUUUCUUAAGUGCUUUCCAACACUAACACGGAUACACUGAUCAUGAAUUUUUUUAAAACCCAAAACUAACACUCUGUGGGCUAAAUGAAUGUAUGAAACACACUAGCAAAUUUCCAGCACUUUCUAUUAGCCCAAGUUACAAUAUUUUACUCUUUAAUGAGCCAAACUAGAAUUUGCAGUUUCUUUUUAAAGCUACACUAUGUCCGUUUUUGGGGAUUUGGAGACCUCUCUGGUAGAAAUGUGCAAUUACAUGGAAAAAUGCGGUUUGUGCUCUGGACCCUUCCCCAGAGUGGAUGAGUCUGAUUUUUGUGAGUGCGUUGAAAGACCAUUCAAAGAGAACUACUCUGUCAAAACUUGUCAAAGAACGUAUCUCGGAUUUUCAAAUUUAGCUUGUUUUUUCUCCUGACUCAGUAAUGCUACUUCUUUACAUUUUAACAAUGACGAUUCAGGCACGCAGUUAGCACCAUGCUAAUCGGUUUGCUACAAGCUUUCAUUACUUGUUAGCUACAUUAGCCUCAUAGCUCCAGUGCAAAACUAAAGCCAAACGUCAAUUCUGGGCUGAUUUGCUACAUUUAGGAUACGAGCAAAACUGUGUAUGUUUGGUUUUUGGCCUAACUAUCACUUUAAUGAGCUGUUGGCCUAACUAUCACUUUAAUGAGCAGUUGGAGCAGGUAGGAAAAACACAAAAAUAUGUAGGACAGUGGUGCUCCGGAGAUAAAAACCCAGAUUACAAACCCCCCUCAUCGCCUCAUAGCCCGACAUCAGCAGGUGUGUACAUAUACUGCACAGGACCAUCUGCACUCAGUCAACGGCUGCUAUGGAGCGGCCAAUCAGAAAGGACUUUGGUGAAUCGUUUGCAGAAAAAGAAGAAAAUACUGACUGAUCGCAAAAUAUUUAUGUGAGUAAAUCAUAUCAAUAAGAGACUGUGUGCGGUUCUGGUUUUAACCAGUUACUAAGAAGAGGGAGCUGAUGUUAUGUAAAGAAGCUGCACCUAUACUGAUUCAGAGUUCAGUCCUCUUACCACCCUGAAAUAAAGCAACGCGCUGAACUUACAUCAUUCAUACGUGUACAUAUUUCCACAUGGAUAUAACAUCCUUGAAACGUAUGGAAUCACUCGUCAUAUUAAUAACUGUUGUUCAGUUAUAACCUCUACACUGCAAAAACAUGAACUGAUGCUUUAUUCACAGUUUAAAGUGGGAACAUCAGGAAGCCACGACAUGGUAAAGAAAAAUAGCAGAUGUUUUUAUAUAACGGACUGUAAUUAUCUAUUUGAUGUGGAGAACCAAUCUGGAUAUUAAUUAUUUCGUAAAUUUAUCUGAUGUUAUAAAGCUCAGUUAUUAUCGACUCUUCUACAGCCCCAUUCAUCAUUAACACCAUUAUCUUUAUACGUAUAUUUACAUAUCGCUGUUGUCGGAACAAAACCUUGUAUCUCCAA